GCAAAAUAAAGUUCUCUCGUUAAAAAAGGUGUAUCGCAAAGUUCAUGAACCUGACCGUGAUUCGUUGUUAUCCUCGCUUCAGCAAACCGAUGUCUUGGAGCAUGUGCUGAACCAGAUGCACAGCCACGACCGAGCAGCCGAAGUAGGGACACUGAAGUUUCUAUAAAGCCAGCCCGCGAGUAGAACGCUUGUUAGUAUACUUCGAAAGCUAGGUCAACAAUCGUUGUGCGUUGUGGCAGUAGCAUUUUAAACCAAGUGACCUACUAACCAACAUCUCAGAUCCUCUGGGCCGUUAGGGAUCGAGUGCCUUUCUGUUUUUACACAUAGACUGAGACGCUAAAGUGACAUUUCAAGUGAUCAAACUGUGAUAUUAGUGAUAAGUUCAAGAUGCCAGCUCCAAUUCCCGAUACCAUCAACGAACAAGACUACGAGAACGAUGUCAUCGACGAGAUACCAACCACCAAACUGUUGGAAACCAGGGAUAGCAUCUCCUCGAUAGACAGUGAUGUAUCCGUUUCCUUUGACAAGAUCCAAGAGCAUGAUGACAACCCUAACGAAGCUGAAGACGAAGGUGCUCAUAUGGCAGAUCUGUCAGACAGCUCAUCUGACAACGGAUCUGCUGGAGGUGGCAAAGAUUCUGGAUGCGAAGUUACCCCUGAAGUGAGUGAACCUCCUUUCACCCCUCCGUCUGAAGAACUGGCCGAUAAAAUCGUACAACAGGUAGAAUUCUAUUUUUCCGAUGCUAACAUUACUAAGGACGCUUUCCUAUUGAAACACGUCAAGAGAAAUAAAGAAGGCUAUGUUUCCUUGAAACUCAUCUCUAGUUUCAAGAGAGUCAAACAUUUAACUAAAGAUUGGAGGGUUGUUGCUCAUGCCCUAACCCGUUCCAUCAAACUAGAAAUAAACGAAGCUGGAACUAAAUUGAGAAGAUUGGAACCUUUACCACAAUACGAUGAAACCACUCCAUCUAGGACAAUAGUAGCUGUUAACAUGCCAAUCGAGAAGCCAACAAUCGAAAAUGUAGCUGAAUUAUUUAAGAAAUGCGGUGAAAUUGCUCUUAUUCGCAUAUUGAGACCAGGAAACCCAAUACCUGGAGAUGUGCGUCAAUUCAUCAACAAGAAUCCAUCUUUGGCUGGUAUGGUUUGUGCUUUGGUGGAAUUCGUUCAUUCCGAAUCAGCCAGAAAUGCUAUGCAACUUCAGAACCAAGUCGGAGAAGCGAUGAAAGUAUACGAAUUGAACAAUAUCCCUCAUCCUGAAAGGAAAAAGAAUAAGAACAAGAAGAGUAGCAACCCUAAGUUAAUAACGAGCUCCUCCGACUAUCUUUCCUCCUGCCAAUCCAGUUCAGAAGCUGAGGAUAUGAGGUUGAGAAUUGACCCAAGAAACCGCCUGAGAAGAGGAUCUUCUGCUCAUUUUCCUUCUAGGUAUAUCGAACCUGCCGCCUGGCUACAACGUAGGCUUUCCGCUUCUAGUACCGAAGCUAACUUCAUUUACAUGCCAAGAAGGUUGUCCUAUAGUAGCAGAGAUUCCAGCGAUUCGAAUCUAUUUCUACCACGAAGGAUGAGCGCUUGCAGCAUCAGCAGUUCCGAUUGUAGCUCGAGAAGAUUGUCAUCUGCUAGUCAAAGUUCUGAAUAUAGCAGCCCAAGGUCCAGGAGCAACAGUGCAGCAUUCCAAAACUUCGAAAACAUCGUGAGGUUACCCAAGGGUCCUGAUGGGUCCCGUGGUUUUCGCCAGAGAAUGACAUAUACUGUUGCUCAUUAAAUGCUCUUACGAUUGGAAGUCUACACAUCGAAUCGGAAAAGUCACAAAAAUAUCAUAAAAUGAUCAUCGGAACUGAAAAUGCAAUCAUAAAAAUUCCUAUGCGAUUUUUUUUAAACAUGAGUAAUACGGAACUAAUUACGAAAUACAUAGACCGUUGAGGAAUGAAGAAGGAAGUGUUGGAUGAACGAACAAAAUUAUAAAUUCAAAAUACGAAGCUGCACAUCCAUUGUGAGGUCGAUAUCCAAGGCUCGAUCACCUUUUUAUACGUUGAAAACUGUUGGAUAGAGUCAUAAUUCCUUGAUACUUGGGUGUACUAGACCGAAUCAGAAAUCAAAAUAAUCAAGAUGAAUGCAUCUUCAGUUCUAGUUUAUCUCGACUUUCUCCGCAGGAGAAAUGGUAGAAUACGAAUGCGGGCUACUUUCUAAGUGUAAUUUAUCAUCAUUCAAUAGUUCCAUGUUCAUCAACUGUAAAUUUCAUGAAUUAAUCAUUUUUCAACAGUUCGAGAUGUAGAAUCUUCAUCAUUGGAUGAAUAUGAGUAAUUUUUCCGAUUCGAUAUGAACGAAGCAUGACGAACAAGAAUUCAUUGAAAUCCUUCUCUAUUUUGUUUUAAAAAUGGAAAUAGCAAUUCUUCUUCUCUGCUGCUAUCCUCCAAUAGUAUACAUUUUCAGAUAUGGAUUUGAAAAAUUAUGACAAAUAUUGACAUUUUGUUUAUGUGUUCUGUGAAUGCAUUCGAGCUCAUUUCAAUAAGCUGAACGUUAGAUGUAAAUACAGAAUUUAUUUAUUUAUUUAUUGGAUGAGUUUGUUGAAAAUUUUCACCCUAAGGUGAUUUCUUAAUUUAUUUAAAUUGUGUGAUUGUAAUAAACAUAUUUACUUAUA